UUCUUUAAAGCCAAGUACAUUUUUUAAAAAUGUGUUGUGUUCAUGCUGGCUGUCAUCUUCAGAAACAGACCAUGCAGAGGGAAUAAAAGAGAUGGCUAACAGCGCUAUCUCAAGAUUUCAUCAUUUUUAUCACUGUUGGAACUGAUAGCAAAGUCACAGCUCACGUCCCUGAGUGGCAUCGCCCAAAAGAACUUCAUGAACAUUUUGGAAAAAGUGGUACUGAAAGUCCUCGAAGACCAGCAGAACAUCAGGCUAAUCAGGGAACUGCUGCAGACUCUCUACACGUCCUUAUGCACACUGGUGCAAAGAGUCGGCAAGUCAGUGCUGGUCGGGAACAUCAACAUGUGGGUGUACCGAAUGGAGACGAUUCUACACUGGCAACAGCAGCUGAACAAUAUCCAAAUUACCAGGCCUGCCUUCAAAGGCCUCACCUUCACUGACCUGCCUUUGUGCCUCCAACUGAACAUCAUGCAGAGGCUGAGUGACGGGCGUGACCUGGUCAGCCUCGGCCAGGUGGCCCCCGACCUGCACGUGCUCAGCGAGGACCGGCUGCUUUGGAAGAAGCUCUGCCAAUACCAUUUCUCCGAGCGGCAGAUCCGCAAGCGAUUAAUUUUGUCCGACAAAGGACAGCUGGAUUGGAAGAAGAUGUAUUUUAAACUUGUGCGAUGUUACCCACGGAAAGAGCAGUAUGGAGACACCCUUCAGCUUUGCAGACACUGUCACAUUCUUUCCUGGAAGGUAUGUGUCUCGAGGCGGCUGCCACAGACCCCCUAGCCCAGCCCCUAAGAGCCAAAGGCACCCGCAUUGCCAUGCGAAAGCCCUUCCUACUUCUUUCCUGCACUUCCCUACUGCAGCUGAAGGUGUAGGAGACACUGAUUCAGUCCCUGGGGAGAAAAACUUUGAGAGUCCUUAAU